AUUGUCCGUCGCGGAGCGUAAGAAGGACAUGGAAGCAAUCAAUAAGGAGUUGUGGCAACACUGUAGACAUGGCCGAGACGUAAACUGAAGGCACCCUAUUACAAAGCAAACACACUCUUAUUUCUUCACUCGUCUUCGGAUAUUCUCGAACUCUAGGAUGACUUUAUAUGACGUUUUGGGUGUAAGCCAGGAUGCCAGUGAGACUGAAAUACGGAAGCAGUAUCAAGAGCUAGCAAAGAUUUAUCACCCAGAUAAGUCGGCAGUAGAAGGAGCUAAUGAAAAAUUUGUCAAAGUUAAAGAAGCCUUCCAGGUAUUAGGGGAUGCUGAGAAAAGGCGCGAGUAUGAUGAUCAAUUAAAACGAGAGAAGCUUUAUCAAGAAUUCCCUAUGAGCGAAGAGUUGUUUUUGGAAGAUUUAGAGAGAGAUCGUGAAGAAGGGGUCUACAUGCACACAUGUAGGUGUGGUGGCCAGUAUAUUCUUGCUGCUCAGGAUGCUAGAAAUUCAACAGAAAAGGAAGUAGUUGUAGCGUGCAACAACUGUACACUUAGUAUCCUUGUACUACUCAACUGUGACGAGAACACCUGAUAAAGGAGUUCCUUAAGUUGUUUUUUGCUUCUUCUGAAACUGCUGUUUCUCUCUCACACAACUUUCUUGCUUACUACACUUUGGGAAAAUCAAAGAUCUGCUAAAGAAAGCAGGCUUAGGAUGGACAUUAUGAUGCUGAAUAGUCAUGAAACAUUGCAUCGCUGAAAGAUUUAUCGUUUUGGGAUUGCAAUUACUUUGUAUCUGCUUGGUUAUUGACUUUUGUUUAAUAUAUUCACUCUGAACUUAUAAAUUUGUUUAUGUCCGGUUUCUAAAAGGUGAUUUAUGCUUGGUUGCCAUAAUUAAAGGAAAUGCAAGGUUUAAAAGUUUACGGCAUAUGUAGGCUAAUUUACACACCUUUUUGAAUGAAAGCAUUUAGCUUAAUUAUUUUGUAGCAUUUACCCAAUAUGCAUGAUGUGGAUAACAUGUAGAACUAGUAUGCAAAUGAUGUCAUUAUACUGUGAUAUUUUUGUUCAUUGUGCAAGUAGUUGAGUUCACAUUAGCAGCUCUGUGAAUGUGUAGCUGACUGUUUGCAUUGUGUGCCAGUGAGAUAGAAUAUUGUUUCAUAACCUGCGGUUUGAAGCUCACAAAAUUUGUAAUUUCUCAAAUGGAUUGUGGAACAUCAACGCGGGUGACCUCGCAGACUAAGGCUGUAUCCAGGCAAUCACUUCCCAGAAAGAACUCAAGGUUAAUUCUGAUGCCAUGGGAAAAGAGACAUCAGCACACGUUAACUUCAUUCAUAAGAAAAGCUCAUCCUGUGUGUGAGAAUUUAGCCAAAAAUGAAGGACUCUUUAGAGAUAGUCUUACAACAACAGAAACUUUGUCAAAAAGUGAGAAUGUAGAAGUAUUUGCAGAAGAUCUUGGUGAAAAACAUCUUGAAGGGUAUCAGAGAUCUGCUGUUUAUCGGCACUCGGCAAAGGAAAAUUCAUCGACUGAAGUGAAUGAGGAUGUGUCUAACUCUGAUGGCCUAACAGUGGAAAGCUUAAGGUUGCCCAGUGAACACUCAAAUAAUCCAAUAGUACCACAGGAAUUAUCCUACAGUAUUUUAAUGCUCAGUGGGAAGAAAUGCCACACAGGUAUUGAAGAGACCUCUGGAUUUACAGACUCUAGUAUUGCUGACAAGAUACAUAGUAGCACAUCGAACAAUUCAGUCUCGGAUGACGCAUCAAGUCAGAAUGGUUAUGGUACACGUGCUAUAAUUAGCCAGGAUGAGUUUGAGGCUGUUUUGAACAAAGCACUUGAAAGUUCAGGUAGGUACUGUUUAGAUGAUAUAUUUAAAUAUGAUGGGAAGGAUAAGGACCUGCUUUGGCAAACACUGGAUGUUUAGAGCUCUUAAAUUUAACAGUACAGAGCCAAAAUGGUCCAGAAUUCCCAAGUCCUCAUGAUUUUAUUUUAGGGUUUUUAAAUUUUUCAUAUUAUGUAUUUUAUAAUGGCAUGUGUUUUGGAUAUACUACAUAAAACCGACUACACUAGUUUUAUAACAACUUGGAAUAAACGACAGCUCAGAUCUGUGACUGAAUAUUAGAAGAUUUUGUAUAGAAAUACGCAUUAUUGCAAUGUAAGGCAUUUUGUACCACGAGAUGUGCUUAGCAAAUAUUGACCAUUGAUCUAAUGAGGUUUCAUCAUAGUUAUCCUUAUCCUUCAGUCUUUAUUGAAUAAUACAUCAAGUAUAAUGUUAUGAUUUUCCUCCUAAGAAUGUCAUGUAAAGAUAUUGCUUUACCUUGAAAGAUGCUCUCCAUGGUAUAUAGACUUCAAAAUUGUAAAAGCUUGACCAGAUUUACCCCACAUGCUUUGCUGAGGAAUAAUUUCAGAUUCUUUCUUUGAAAUAUAAUGACAUAUAACACAGGCUCAUAUGAAGCUUUAUCCUAAACAAAUGAUGAAAUCUUCCCAUGUUAUUCAUGCAUUAAAUCAUAAAUUAUCACAUUGCAGUUCAUAGUGUAUAUAAUUCUUGCAUGUCAUUAUCACUGUCAGGUAGUGAAAUAACUAUAUUGCUUUUUGAUAUUUUAGCUUUUAGCUUAACACAUUUAAUGAGUGUGUGACUUAUGUGAAGAUAUUCUUGAUUAAGAAAAAGGUGCACUUCUCCUUUGCCAAAAAGGUGAAUGAAUGACUAAGCAUCCAUUUUUAAAUUUAGUUUAUUAUCAAUGACUGUUCUAUUUAUGGAGGCUUUAUUGUUACAUUCUUUUCGACAUUGUUUGAACCUGGCGAGUAAGCAGUCUCUUGCAGAAAUGGCAAAAGUAAGGCAGGAAACGUUGUAAUUGGAUGAAUGUGUCAUAAGUAGACCAGAGAAGUGUGUUUUGUAAAUUGCCAAUUAAAACCAUAUGACAAUUUUGGGCUUAGACUUAAUUUUCACAUUGGCAAACAAUAAUGCUUUUGUGUAAUAUUGAAUUAUGGGGUAACCAUUUAUUUGUUUACAUAUUUGACAUUUGUACUCCUAAUGGGUACCCCAUAUUUCUAGUUGGAUUUUUAUGUAAUGAAUUUUCUGAAAUAUCAAGUAUUUAAAAGGAAAAGUUUCUGUACAUAAUCUUCAAAUUAAGGUUAUUAACAUUAACAUUAUUGAAUGCUACAUUAUGAUAUAGCAAGCAUAAUUAAAUGAUAUUCAGCAUCAAAGACAAAAUAUAUAUAGAGCAAUAAAUAUGUGUUUAUAUAUGUUGGAUGUCUACGCAUUGAAAUAUUUUUUUUUAUUUAGGAUAAAUCUUGCCCUCUGUUAAAGAUACCAUACAUCUCCAUGCCAAUAGGAGAGGAGAUGUAAGCUAUCUUUUAACAGACUGUAAGUAUCCAGUUAAUAAAUUUUAUUAUGAAAAUUUAUACAUUUCGGAAAAUACGCAGAUUGUUUUUCGUGUAACAGUAAAUUUAAUGUUGCAGUGUUUCAUCAGGAUGUGAUUUAUUAGCACUAAAGUCAUUAUUCACUGACGGAAUUUUCAGACAUAUGGAAAUGCUAGACCAGGCAGAGUGAGACCAAUUGAAAGCACAAGCUUUGCCUGACUCUGUGGCUAAGAAUAUCAAAAGGAGGGAGUGUUUCUGUUGCUGGAUAUUUUGUGUGAUGCCUCAUUAGGAUUACGUAGUUAUAGCUGGGAAGUCUUGUUAAAUCAAGUUACAAAACUUCCCAGGAAAGUGUUCCUGAUUGCGGUUAACAUUUAUUUAAUGGUUACCGUACACAAUUCAGUCCGUCAUGUAGGACGAGGCAGUGCAAUACUGAAAGGAAAACAUUUGAUGCAAUCGUCAAGUUUAUACUUGCAAAGAUUGACUAGUAAGAAAUUCCAGAAAGAAUUUUUCUCAGAAUCUCCAUGAUUAAGUUCUGCAAUUUUAAUUUUAGUUGGUAGUUUUAGUGUUGUAAGUGCUUUUACUUUAUUUUUGUAGAGAAUUUUUGGGUCCAUUCUGUGCAAAAGAAAACAUUUGAUAUUUUCCAUUAUUUAAAGCUUGGGUCACCCCUAAAAGAUUCCCUCUUAAUGUUGGAAUGACUGGCUUCAAGUGCAGCAUUUGUGUAGUCUUUUGGAGAGGAGGUGUGCAUCUAUUUUUAGUAGAUAUUAGUUCUUGUUAUGUGCGUAGCCCAAGUGGCCACCUUGUCAGUGAAGUUGAACAGCUUGGAUUUUUGAGGUACAUAUAUGAUUUUAGAUUGUAAAAUUUAGAGAUACCAAGGUUAUUUGAACCUGCAGUGUUUAAGUUUUGCGAGUCAUUCAUUAUCAAACAAUUUGAAAUAAGAUGUUUUUAUUUUUAAAAGUAACUUGUAAUACAGUAUGUACUUUUUUAUAAUUAUUGUUAAUACUGUAACACUUCACUGGUGAAAAACCAGUGUGAUCUCCUGUAACAAAUUCUUAUAAAUUUCGGUGUUGUGUAUUAGAUGAAUUUUGUAGAGAAAAAUAUGAGAAUCACCUAAGGGUUUUCAUGGCAGCUUGUUUGCCAGAUGAAAUCUCAUAUUUAGUUUGUUUCAAAUGAUACUGCUGUAUAUGGUUUAAGGUUUCAAGAAGUUUUGUAGAUAACAUUUCGUUAAAUGCAUUUAUAGUUCCAGUGCUCAUAUUUAUUUGCUGUUUCUCAUUAAUUCCUGGCAAAUCAAGAGUCCUGUUAUUUGAAUCAUCGACUGUACGAAAAAAAUUGUUUUUGUGUAAAGUCUUGUUAAUUGCUUAAUUUCUUAAUGAAAUAAUUGCCAUUUAAUCAGCGAAAGACAACUGAUUGGUAUUGUUUCAUGUCCAUAUUAGUUUUAGCUUUUAAUUUAUGUCUUGAAGUAAUAUGCAAAUUUGCUGUACCUGAAGUAUUCUGCAAAUAUGCCUAUUAUACAAGUAAAGCACUUACUCUUUAAAGUAGAAUAAAUAUGCAACAUAAACUGGCUGUACUUGUUAUACUAUCAUUGAUAUGCAAUCUUUAUCUUCAAUAUACUGUAUUAUGUGCCAUAUCUCUAAAGCAUCCAAGGUCAGAGAAUAAUUUUCUCAUUGUCUGUUGCAGUUUUCAUACUGUACUGUUUUGUAAGGGUUACUACACUGUUUUCCCGAAGGCUAAGACCUUUACCUUUGAUAUUAAGGGUAGCCAGGAAAGUUUGUGCUGCCUCCAGGCAAUUGAAAGUUAUGACUUUAGUUUGGCAGCAGAUUGGAUUUUAGAUUUUGAUAGUGGCAGUUCAUGCAACUACCCUGAUGAACACUUUCCUAAUGCAGACGGCAUUUAUCUUUUUAAUAGGAAGUUGUCACAUUUUUGUGGUUAUUGUGCGCUCUUCUGCUGUCCUUAAUUAUUAGUUAUGUACAUGUUCUCACGUUUUUAGUGUGCUCUCUACAAAACUGUCAGUACAGUUUUCUCUUCUCGCAUCCUCGUACCAGAAGUAGUCAUUCCAGUACCCAUGGACCUCAGCAGUGUUGGGAGCUUGUUCAAAGAAGAGAAUAAUCAUUAAUCAAGACAGCCUUUGGUUAGUAUAUUUUAUUUAUUUUUUUUUUUUUUACCUUGUUGUUUUGAAGGUUGGUCAUUGGUCAGUUCCUUUUGGGAUUUGUCCAUCAAGUGUUGUAAAUCAUCACAAACUAAAUGGAGGUUUUUUGGAGCUGGAAUUCUCUAUAUGUAGAUUUAUUUGUACACUAUUCCUUUGGAGAUUUUUAAAGAUUUUCUCCAAUCAUUCUGAGACUAAAAUUUUUUAUAACAAGAUAGGAUCAACACAGACUGAAUACCUCUACAAUGCCAAACCAUAAAAUAGUUUGAUUUUUAGUGUUGUAGACUGUGAUUAUUAUUGACGUUAUUCAAAGCCAGGUCGAGGUCAGGAGGUGAAUCUGUAGUAUGAGCGAAGAGGCAGUUUGAUGCGUGAAACCCCUUGUAUCUCUUGCUGGUUUUAAGGGAAGUUAGUGCAUUUCUUCAGACUUUGCCAAGUUGCACACGAGUUGGUUUUUUUUUCCAUUUAUUUAUAAUCUUAUCAGAAUUGCACUUCAGAUGUAUUGGUGAAAUGGUUUUUUUAAGGCUAGGUGGAGGUGUUCUGCUAUUCUGCUAAAUUGCUAUUUCCUAGAGAGGAUAUAUUUGAGCAAAUUUAAGUGUUGCACUACAAGCUAACAGUAGUGCUUGCACUGCUGUUUUAGGCUUUAUAGUUUUAACUGGAACUUUUUACUUUUUAGGCUUGUUCAAAUUUCGACCAAGCAUAUUUUAAGGCUUGUAUUUUAUUAUGUUAGGAACUUAAUUGCCAUGUAGGGACUUUUUCCUCUUGAGAAAUCUUUUACGUCAUAAGGGAUCUUGUAUGGUUUCUUGGAAGGACAGUAUGUCGAGUACCACUUAGUACUCCCAAUCUUGUUUUUUAUAUGGAUGCAGUGGCCGUAAAAGCAUCAAAUUUUCAAUUUCUAAAUUGAUUGACUAGUAAUAUUUUCUACUUAUUUGGCAGCUUUUGGGAUAUGGAAAUACCUACUUCCCUGUUUUUCCCAUUGUUUUAGUACAGGUCUUUUCUGUACUUAUUCUGAAAACUGAUAACAUAAGUAACUUCAAAAUACUCCUUUUUUUUUCCUAAGUUUUUAUGGCCUGUAAUACAUAAUAUUUACUAUGAAAUGUAUAACUUUUUAUAGUUACAAUUUUCCUUUUGUCUUGCCUCUUGAAAGUGAAGAAAAAAACAAAGCUGGUCUUUGUGGAAACUAGUUCAGAUUUUUGCCUAUUUGCUUUGGGAGAAAGCUACUUACAAUAUCUGAAAUCUAACAUUAUAUUGUGUUGGUGCUACAUACAGCUUUGAAACUUUUUGUUGAUGUUGCUGUUUAUAUGCAUUUACCUUUUCAAGUUGUGCAUGUAAGUGGCAUAUAAGUAUUUGUAUCUUUUGAAAAUCAGUUUUUAUUACAUUUUGCAUAAUGAGAGGUUCAUGCCAACUUUCUCUCUUUACUUUUAAAAUCAAAGUUCCCAUUUUAGUAAAUUUUCAUUGUUUACUUGCACUUUCAAUUAAGAAUUGUGGUUCUCAGUUAGUGACUAGUAGAAUGUGUAAUUGAGUUUAUUAUUAGUGAAAGCAGGUGAUACUUGUGCUUGUAAUAGCCAUAGCCACCUGUGUUCAAAGAAAAUAAAAAGCUUUUAAAAACUUUAUAA